AUGCCACCAUAUAACGGAGCUAUCAAGGCGGUGUCCGUUGCCAGAAAUGGUGUUGGCGCCUUUAUCAGACCCUGCCGCAAAAUAACGCUGCAGUACUGUAAUGUCGGUGGAUCAUCGCAAGGUCUCAGAGACUUCUUGACGCAGAGGCUGACCAAGUUCGCAACCAAAUAUCCAGAGAUCGAGUUUCAGGUUGCGCUGAAAAGAGGACAUCCGAUAGUGCGUGGUCUGUAUAGCACAACUAUGGCUUCGAACCCAGCCAUUUUGACGAACGAUUCCACCAAGUUGGCCGACGUCCACACCAACGUCAAGACGGUGUGUUUGAGAAACCUGAAUAUUGACAACGUUGAAAACAAGUUGAAGCUGAUGGUGGAAUCUUCCGGAAAUAGGCUCUACAAGCCAAAACAAGCGGUUCAGUCGCUAAACCAGUCGGUUAGAGGCAUAUGGUCUCCAUUCCACGUGGAUAAAGACCACAGGUUCAAGAUUUAA